GCCCCCUCACAUGACCCGGAUGCCGGAAGCGAAGGCGGGCUCGGUUCGAAUAGAGUUCCGUGCUCUUCCCUCUCCGCCCACCAUGUCGACGGCGAUGAACUUCGGGGCGAAAAGCUUCAAGCCGAGGCCGCCGGACAAAGGCGCGUUCCCUUUGGACCAUUUCGGUGAAUGUACGGCAUUCAAGGAGAAAUUCAUGCAGUGUCUGCGGGCGAAGAACUUUGAGAGUGCUUUGUGCAGACAGGAAUCCAAGGAAUACCUAGAAUGCAGAAUGGAGAGGCAACUGAUGGCCCCAGAGCCGCUGGAAAAACUGGGCUUCAAGGACCAAACAGGAGAGAAACCCGCAAGCCAGGCUCAGGCCUCGUGAGGCCUCCCCCUCCCUAUAGUAGCACAUACGGUACGAUGCCGUGUUUUAUUCCGACGUGACGUGGUUCCAUCUUGGAAGAAGAUCGUUUUACGCCGGGGAGUGGGACUGGAUUCCCAAGGAGUGGGAUGAAUGCCCUCGCGAGGUCUCGUUCUCCUUUGGCCGGCUGGCUCCGUCCUUCCGAAAAAUAAUUAUUUCAGGCAAGAGGCUGGAAUGAUAAAGCGUCGUGGCACAACGAA